AUGGCUGGCUCAGCAGGCUCAGGGAGUAACAUCAGCACCAUUGGAGACAGGAGUGGAGCAAACCUCACAAUCCGUGUGCUUACUGCAGUUUGCCAGGGACAGAACAGGAAUGGAGUCUUAGAACUUUUAGUGGAAAAAGUGUGCACUGGUGGGUAUACAGAUGUACUCCUUUAUCCUGCUAAGAAAAUGCAACACUUAGUGACGAGUGGCAUAGACCAUGAAGGAACAUCUCAGAACCUUACUUCUUCAAAAGCAGAUCCUUUCUUAAAGCCAGUUAUGGAGACCAGAUCAGCUUCUCUGAAUAGUGACUUCAAACAGAAAGUUGCAGAAAUUUUGUUUAAGUAUUCCAAUGGUCUUUGGGCUAACGCACUUCCCAAGGUGUAUGAAGACACAUACAAAGUAAAAUUUCCUGAGGAUGCUCUGAAUAAUCUUGACUUAUUAUCUGAUAUAUGCACUGUCAACCAGAUAAGUGACAGCCCUAAAAAGGCAAUCCUCUAUGCUAAACCACCAAAAUACAUUGAUGAGAAUCUGAAUGCCACUGAUCGUGUCCAUAUCCCUGAAGAUCUGAAGAUAACGGUUGAGCAAGAGUGCUCUCAGUUAAUGGAAAAGACCAAAGAGCAGGGUCCAGAAAAUAUAAUGGUCCCUCCUUUAAUCAUUCCGGCGGAAGCAUCUCCAUCUGUAUUGGUGGUAGAACUGAACAACACGAAUGAAGUUGUUAUUAGGUACGUGGGCAAAGACUAUUCUGCUGCUCAAGAACUAAUGGAAGAUGAGAUGAAAGAAUAUUAUAGUCAGAAUCCGACAGUAUUGCUGAUGCAGUCUGUAAGCAUUGGACAACUUGUCGCUGUACAUGCCGAGGAAGAUGCCUGGUUGCGUGCUCAGAUCAUUUCAGUGGAAGACAAUCGAAUAAAGGUGUGCUAUGUUGAUUAUGGCUUCAGUGAGAUUAUUGAAAACAACAAAGUGUACAAACUAGGUAGAUGCUUCUAUUCGCUUCCAUUCCAAGCUGCGAAAUGUAGACUAGCAGGGCUGGAAGUCUUCUGUGAUGAUCCUGUUCUAGUGAAAGUUGUUGAGUCACAAACCUGUGGCAAGAUAUUUGCUGUGGAAAUACUGGAAAAGAGUGAUAUUCCGCUUGUUGUUCUGUAUGACACCUCAGGAGAGGAUGAUAUAAAUAUCAACGUCACCUGUCUGAAGGCCUUAUGUGACAAAUCGCUUGAACUACACCUUCAGGCAGAUGCUUUAUAUACAAAUGUUAGAGUCACCAACGUUUGCUCUGACGGAACCCUAUAUUGCCAGGUGCCAUCGAAGGGCCUAGCCAAACUCUGCGAGAUCUUGCAAAAGUUGGAAGACUACUUCCAUUACAAGGUGUGUAAGGAGAAGGGAGAUGCUGAGCAGGCACCUGAAUGUUUCGUCUCAUUACCUUUCUGUGGCAAAAUCUGCGUGUUCCAUUGUAAAGGAAAAUGGGCUCGUGUGGAGAUAACGAGCGUUCACAGUAGUCGUGCACUAGAUGUGCAGUUCAUGGAUACUGGAACAGUUGCCUCUGUAAAAGUAUCGGAGCUUCGAGAUAUUCCGUCACAGUUCCUGAGGGAAAUAAUCACCCUACCGCCCCAGGCUAUGAAGUGCUGUUUAGCAGAUCUUCCCCGUAACAUUGGCAUGUGGACUCCAGAUGCUGUAUUGUGGCUGAGAGAUACAGUAUUAAAUUGUCCUGAUUGCAGCAUUAAGGUAAAUGUAAAUAUCUCAAACGUUUGAAAUUCAAUAAAAUAU